CCCGAGUGGGGAUCGUGGACGAUACCGUAGAACUCGUACUCCUCCUACCCUUAGGCGCGCGUACGUUACGUACUAUCCUUCCCAAAGCCUCUCGGCGGAAACACAUAUGGGACGGAUUUGGAAUCGGAAAUCAAAGCGAAACAUGCCGGUAGGCACGGGCACAAGCAAAGGCACAUAACCAAAGCAUAGUCACAGGGACAAGCAGGCGCAGAAGCAGAAGCACAAACACAAGCAAAUAUUUCGUGCACCUACCCAUAACACACUAAAGAGAGAGCACCAAGGAGAUAUCUAGGCAAUGGUUUUGGGUUCCCUCUCCCCGGACAAGGACGUCGUCCACCACAACGACAACCACGAMAUCGGCAACGGUAACGACGAARACGGGAAGGGCAGCCCCAGCAAGCAGCAGCGUUCCGGGCCGGGUUCUUCCGCCGCAGCGGGCUCCGCACCGGGCCCCGCCGCUCCCGGCCGCAAAACGCAAACGCAAACGCAAACACAAGCACAAACACAAACACAAACACAGAAGCAAAAACAAAAACGAAAACGAAAGAGCUUCCGGUACUGGAUCGAGCGGUUCCUCCUGCUGGCCAUCGCCGGCUUUGCCUCGGCGGGCUGGCUCUCCGGCCACAAGCGCCUCUCGGCCCUCUACGACGGGAUUGCUCGGGGGGAUCCGGAAUCGGUUGCGGGUGCGGGUGCGGAUGGCAGGGGCGACCCCGGGAAGGAGGGGCAAACGGGAAGGCCCGGGGCCCGGCGGGGCCAGCGGUGGCGGAACCGAAACCAGCGGUUCCGGCCGAAGCACGGGCUCUCUUCCUUUGCGAGUUCCGGUUCCAAUGCCAACGCUAAUUCCACCUYGGCCGCGGGGAGGAGAAGAUUCGGAAGAUACAGUCGCAACCGCAACCGACACGACCGGGACCUCACGGGGGAUUCCGCUGGAAACGACAACAACAACAACAACAACAACAACAACAACGAGAGCCAAAACAACCAAAACGACCAGAACAAGGACCCCAAAUCCAACCCGCUCAACAUCGUCCUCUUCUAUGCCGACGACUGGACCAUGAAGGUCCUCGGAAAGCUCGAUCCGAACGUCAAGACCCCCCACAUCGACGCCAUGGCCGACAACGGGGUCCUCUUUCUCAACAACUGCGUCACCACGAGCGUCUGCUGGAUCAGCCGGGCCACCCUGAUGACGGGGACCUACUACUCCCGGCACCGGACCUCGACGCCGAGCUCCAAAAACCUCUACUACACCCACGACUGGAACCAGACGCUCUUUCCCCGCCUCCGCAGGGAGGCCGGCUACUACACCGGCCUGGUCGGCAAGUGGCACGCCCCGCAGGUCAAAGAGGCCAUGGACGCGGCCUUUGACGACCACUCCCGGCUCUACUACGGGGACCACUGGCUCGACUGGUUCUCCCCCMGGGACAACAAGCACCCGRAGCACGUUACCGAMCUMAACCGGAGGCACUCGAUCGACUUCCUCCGCAAGAGGCCCACCGACAAGCCCUUUUGCCUCAAGGUCUCCUUCUUUGCCACCCACGCGGUGGACGGGGCCCACCCGGAGCCCUCCUACCAGCCCAUGAACGAGACGGGACCCGGCCGCUUUGCCCCGCGGUUCUCCCUCUACCCCGACGACCCGGGCCACGCCAACUACACCGAGAUCCGGCCCCCGAAAACCGCGACCGACCGCCACUGGAGGGACCUCCCCUACUUUUUCCAGGACUGGAACGCGGGCCGCCUCCGCUGGAAGAACCGCUUCGAGCCCCACCUGUGGCAGAAGAACAUCCGGGACCUCUACGCCAUGGCCACGGAGGUGGACUGGGCCAUCGGGGAGAUCCUGGAGGAGCUGAGACAGCAGGGCGUCUACGAGAACACCCUGCUGGUCUUUACCACCGACAACGGCGACCUGCACGGGGAGCACGGUCUCGCCGAGAAGUGGUACCCCUUCGAGGAGUCCCUCCGGGUCCCCCUGGUGGUGGUGGACCCCCGGAUGCCGCUUUCCGAGAGGGGGACCUCCCGGAACGAGUGGACCCUCAACGUCGACCUGGCCCCGACGCUCCUCGGGGCCGCGGGGCUGGAGCCCUCGCCCUUUAUGCAGGGCCGGGACCUCGCGGACCUCUACCUCGACAAGGGGGAGAACGGGCCAGCAGCGCAAGCAGCGGCCACCACCAUUACCACCGCAUCCGGCGCCGAUGCCCCCUGGAGGACCGAUUGGUUCUACGAGUGGAACAUGGGGCACCCCUCCAACGCCUCGGGGCACGAGCAGGAAAACUUUAUCGACGCGGCCUUUGCCCUCGUCACGGACGAGUGGAAGUACGUCUACUGGCCCCAGAAGGAGUACGAGCAGCUCUACCACCGGUCCCUCGACCUCUACGACGAGUACGACGUYCUCAAGAACUACCACCUGCACCACGGUGCCAACCACCAGAACCACAACGCCACCAACACCACGGCGAACAUCCACAACGACAACGACAACGACAACGACAACCAAAACCGAAACCACGACACCAAGCUGCMGCGGGAGGAGGUGGAGCGGAUGGCCGCAUUUUCCGAGACAGAAACCACCCCCUACGGGGACAGCGUCCGGUCGACGAUGGAAAUCUACACCAGGCUCAAGGCGCGCUUCCACGAGCUCAAGGACCACGUCCAGACGACAACGACAACGACAACCAAAACCGAAACCACGACACCAAGCUGCCGCGGGAGGAGGUGGAGCGGAUGGCCGCAUUUUCCGAGACAGAAACCACCCCCUACGGGGACAGCGUCCGGUCGACGAUGGAAAUCUACACCAGGCUCAAGGCGCGCUUCCACGAGCUCAAGGACCACGUCCAGAGCGGGAACCGCGUGUAGCGGACGACCAAACACUACCACAAACACAAACAGAUACAGAAACACACCCGGUGUGUGCUUCGUUCGCAAGGCCACGACGCCACCCAACCCAACGCAGCGCAACGCAAAACCGAACGAGUGGCAAAUACCGUCAUCGCCGCGAACUCCAAGAGGGGAGGGACUACAGAGAACAAGCGGGGUGCUCGAAGCAGCAACCGCAGGAGCAACAGCAACAGCGACAGAGUCGUCUCGAUCGUUUUUUGUUUUGGUUCYGUGCCUGCCAACGACGGGCCAAAAAUCCCAGGGUAGUAGCAGCAGGGACAGGUUGCACGGGUCCAUUGCGGCUUUUGGAAGGGGAUGCCAAAAAAGACCCCAUCUUUCCACCCUUGUGGCUUGUUGUUCUUUCUGUUACUAAUUCUUUAAUUGUACCACUGAUUGUGGCACAUGCCAAGCCACACGAGAAGAAGUAGUGCUAUCUAUUGUUCUUCAAUUGKUAGUACGAAUGGUACAAUAAGAAUGGCAAGGGCAC